ACAAAUUAAACAGUUGAUUUUUUAGACCACCAACAAGUCAUCUUUUUCUUCUUCUUCUUAAGCACAUAAAUCCACAACUUCACAACUAUAACUACCCGCGGCCCUUUUCUUCUUCAAUUCCUUCCAAAUUUAUAAAUAAUAAGUAGUGGAUCAAAAAGGUACGAAAAGAUUAAUUGAAAUUAAGAUGGGAAGAGCUCCAUGUUGUGACAAGGCAAAUGUGAAAAAAGGGCCAUGGUCACCUGAAGAAGAUAAAAGGCUUAAAGAGUACAUACAAACCAAUGGCACUGGUGGUAACUGGAUUGCCCUUCCUCAAAAAGCAGGAUUGAAGAGAUGUGGAAAGAGUUGUAGGUUGAGAUGGUUGAAUUAUUUGAGACCUAAUAUCAAGCAUGGUGAAUUUUCUGAUGAUGAAGAUAAAGUUAUUUGUACUCUCUUUGCUAGCAUUGGUAGCAGAUGGUCAAUAAUGGCAGCACAAUUACCAGGAAGAACAGAUAAUGAUAUCAAGAACUACUGGAACACAAAGCUAAAAAAGAAGAUGAUGAGCAGCUUAAUCUCCAUGCCUCAUCAUGAAUUUAGAAAACCUUUUCAUCAUAAUCAUCAUCUUCAAUCUUUCAAUAGUAAUUCUUCUAGUUCAACAACAAACUACAGUAGUUACCCACCAUCACUAUCAAGUUUUCACAAUAAUGGUCCACUAUCAGCCUCAUCAUCACCACCUUCAUCUUAUUUGUAUAGUACAAAUAAUACUUCUGGUUGCUAUCAUGAUCAUCAAAACCUAUCUAUCCCAUCAAGCCCUACAACAACAACAACUGUUGCUACUAUUUCUGAUCAUCAUAAUCAUUAUCCUGUUCUACAAUCACAAGAUCAUGCCUAUAAUAAUGGUAAUUUGGGUCCCAUGGAAAGUUACCACAGUGUGAAAGACAGUAGUUCUAGCCUUGUGAUGUUUGGAGGUGGUGAUCAUCAGCAAGCUAGUUGCAGUUCUAAUUCUGAUGAUGGAAGUUGUCAUUAUGAUCAGUAUGCAGGUAGUAUUGUUGGUCAAAUGCAUGAUCAUCAAAACAAUAUGGGAAAUCUGCACAGUGAUUCUUGCAAGGAAUUUGGAGCAAUUUAUGAUCAGAAAGGAAAAGGUUAUAAUAAUUAUGUGGAUUCUUCUUCAAUGGACUCUAGCCUUGAAGAGAUUAAGCAGCUCAUCAGUACAAAUCUUUGCACUAGUAGUAACCUUAUUGACAACAACCAUCUCAACUUUUUUGUUGAUGAAACCAAAGAUGUAGAAAAGCUCAUGUACUACUAGCUAUAUAUAUAUAUAUAUAUAUGAUCAUCAUCAUAUCAAGAUCAUGAUCAUCAUCAUAUAUAUCCUUGACAUCAUGAUCUCUAGUACUACUAGCUAGAGAGAAGAUUGGUAAUUUUGUGAAAAUCAUAUAUGGGGGUUGGGUUUCCUCACUUUUAAUUAGUUCUUUCUUUUUCUAAUAUUAUUCUUAGAAUGUAGAGAUGGUAAAAAAAAAAAAAAAAGAAAACCUGUUCCUUUUGGCAAUCCAUUUUUUCUAUAGUUUCAAAUGUUAAGACUAUAUAUAAAGCUAGCCUGCAUAUUUGAAUUUGAGGUA